UUGUCUUUAGAUGAUCCAUCUGAAGCACAGAAAGAAGAGUUCACUUUUGAGAUUGAACAGAUGAAGAUGUUAGGCUCACAUAAGAACGUUGUAUCUAUGGUUGGAUGCUGCACGCAUGAAGAGAAAAUGUUCCUGGUCAUAGAAUACGUUCCGUGUGGUGACCUCUUGACUUGGCUUCGCCGCAGAAGAAAAAAGGUUAGAAAGUCAAGAAAAUCUCAUUGCAGCGUGUUCUCGUGUUCUGAAAGUGUAGACCACCAUUUUUUUAUGACUAUAUAGCUUCCAGCCCUAUCAUGUAUUGGGACUAUUGCAGAUUUACAUCUGCGAAGAUGCCAAUUUUAUACCCGAUAAAGUCCUUGUUAUUGAAAUCAUAAGAAUUAUUUUAUAACUUUUGUUACAAAGAGAAAAUACUUUCUCCCGAGAUUACUCAGUGCUUAAGGGAAGAUGUUUUAACCUUAUCAUAUAUCUCACUGGAUUUUAUACAAGGUACCUGCACUCACUCUAUAGACAGCCAAGUCCAAGGAGCAAGAACGCAUCCUCAACACCCAUGAAACUCACUCCCCCCAAGCUCUGCUAGUAAUGUUACGAUUAUGAGUCACAGCAUUUAUUUGGCUGUGUUAACCUACAGGGAAAUUGCCUUGACUUUGAACUGCAUUCUGGCUUGAUAAUCUAUCAAAGUGACAAAAUCUCCCCUACCUACCCCCCUACUUUUGACAAAAAAAAGCCAGCCACCCACCCCCUAUAAGGUCUGGGCCUAAGCUCUGUGAUAAGCUCUCUGGAUAUUUUUGGCUUCCCUGGCCUGAUGCCCGUGUUUAAGCGAAAACUUUGCGGUCACCUUUAAGCAAAGUCACACAGAUGUAUUGGUCUUUAUUUGUUCCGAAACUGAUAAUGUUGCUUGCUGGAAGUCUAGAUCAACGAACUUAAAGCCUCCGAGAGAUCAUAUGCUGACAAAGAGGUUCUGAAAGAUCAGGGAGAGACCAGAGAUAAGGUAGGCUUGUUAACAAAAUGUACUGAUUCAAUAUUUUAUCCAUUUUUGUUUGACCCUGAUAUUUUUUCUAUUCUUCAAAGUCUCCAACCGUUCGUUGUUUGUUCUGUGUCUGGUUGACGGCUCAUUGUACGUAAUCAAAGACUUUAUUAAGGGCGCUUUCCAAAAGUCAGAAUUGGCCGGCCAGACCAUUAUCCGGCCGGCACCAGUCAUUUUGACAAUGAAAAAUGCUUUUUUGCAAGAGCUUUUGUUGAAACACCAUUUCCUUUGUGCCUGCUAUUUGGCAUCUGACUGAUAGUUUUGAUUAAAAGUGAAAUUCUCUUUAUGACUGGAACGGUCUGGCCGGUCAGUUCUCACAAAUGGAAAGCGUCCUAAGACGAUAUUAAGACACUGAAAUUGUUUCCAUGCUUGUAAAAAUCACCAAAACGUUAUUAUGUUUAAUGCCCUCUGACAAAAUUUUUUUGAUGUCUUUUUUAUAGGGUGGUAUAAGAGGGAAAGUGGAACACUCUUAUAGGGUGGAUUGAACGGUCUUUCCUUCAUCCUAGGAAAAACAAGCAGGCAAACUUUCGAAGAAAACGACAAAGGAAGAGCAGGCUCAGGUCACUAUGGAAAUGACUUCAUUGCGCCAGAGUGGCGACCCAAAGGACAUGGCAUCAGCCACUCACAGUCUCCCUGAUGUAAGCAUUUCAAUAAACACACUCAAGCCACAAGCGGCCUUCUCUCCAUCCUUGGAGGCCUAGGGGCAGUCAGGUGGUUCGGGAGAAAACGUUUGAGCUCCUGUUUACGGACUCUCACCAGACCAUUCUCAAACAAUCCAGCGAGUACUGACUCCUGAUUGGGCACAAAAAAAUGCUUUGUGAUAUUUUGCCCAAUGGGCAAACAGGGGCUCCUAUUUUCUUUUCGUGUGUUCGUACACGACGGCUAUUAUCUCGCCAUACUUGUCCGGUUCUUUCACCAAGGUUCAUCCUCGGAGACCCAGGGGCAGUUAGUCGGGUCGAUAAAAUGUUCGUGGUGAACUUUCACCACGAACAUUUUAUCGACCCAACUAACUGCCCCUGGGUCUCCGAGGAUGACCAAGGUUGGGUGUGCAAGGGGAAUCUUGGCUUUUCCUACUUUGCCCCUACCAGAAACGGAGGAACAACUGAUGAUUUCGGAAGACGUUUCAGAUGCUAUCAACGGGACCGUUCCAAUUUGCUCCUAGACCAUUCUGUCACAAGGUAUCGUAAAUGAUAUUUACGAUGGUGUGAUCGAUAAGGAUCGAUGCAAGCUUGAAUACGUUUUGUAAGCUCAUGUUUAUGUUUUUGGAUAAGCAUCUUUUAAAUACCCUUACAUACGUUUCCAAAUUUAGUUUUCGGGUAGACAGUUGCAGUUUUUUGGAAUUCAUGGACGAGUUUUAUAUCGAACUGACACUUUCCUGACAGCGUGUAUUUCUUUGGUGUAAGAGCCAAACAAGUAUCAUAUUGGCGAGACAAUAGCUGUCGUGUACGAACACAACAAAAGAACUCAGGAGAUGGUGUUUAUCGAUUGGGCACAAUAAUACAAAGCAUUCUUUGCACACAGUCAACUUGACCGUUUGGAAAUAGUUUAGUAAGGGUUGGCACCCAGGGGCUCUUCCGCCCUUGCUUGAAAACUAUUUUUUGCUGCCCCUUUUCUCCCGACCCGACUGACUGCCUCUGGUUCUUCGAGGAUGCCUUGUCUCGCGAUACGAAGGGUGUAACAUGAUAUAUUUCAUUCCUAAGAGCAUUGGGCGAAGCGAAAGGUGACGUUUCAGUGACUGAAGAGAUAUCACGUAACAAAAGACUAUUGUUAUUGAAUUAUAUAUCGUGGUUUUUGAAGCAUGAUAAAUAAAAUUUCCAUCUUAUUUCACUGGAACUUUAAAUGAACAAAUUCACCUCCUUUCUGUCUUCUGUUAAUCGAAUUACAUAGUUUUAGCACAAGUACCCGGAAACUCAUGAGAGAUAAUUAUUAGUGCAUAAGAUUUUAUAGCAUGAUUUAAAUUGGAUUUUAAGCUGAGGGAACUAGCAAAUAAAACAAUAAGAAGAAAAAGGCAUUAGUCUGCCUAAACUUGUGUGAUAUUUUAAUUUUUAGUUACAGACAGUAGCUUGUAACAAUGUAAUGUUACAAUUUUCUUACAUAUAAAUUAAUCGCCUUUUUUAAAAAUCAUUUAGCAAAGGUUCCCCUUUAAUAGUGAGGCUAAGGACGAUGAACAUUCUGCACACAAGGAGCAAGUGAACAUUGCACAGCAAAGCGACAAAGAUGCCGUUCUUGAAGUGAUUCCCUCAACUUCCGCUGCAAAUCAUGUAAGAAGUUUUAUAAUUAUUUACCACUACAAGAAAUGCGGGUGUGGGUAUGUGGGUACUUGGUGUACUUGGUGCAUUUGGUGCGUCAGGGUCAUGAACCUCCCUACCCUGCAAUUCAUAGUUCCGGGUAGCCCUUGGGCAAGGCGUAACACCCGUUAGGCCUGUCAAGGUCACGAAACUGUUGCCUGGCAGUCGGGGUUUUUUUUGCCACAGGCUAAAGGAGACAACCCCUACAGAAAACGCGCCCACCGCUGAAAGGUCUGGCGCUCCCCCAGCAUCGCUGGCUGGGAUUUGUCUCAAUGAGCCCAGCAAAACAUUGAUUUGGACAGAAAUUGAUUAUCUCUUCUAUAGUAUUGUUCUCCCUAACAUAACCUACGGACUAUCUGUUUAUGGUGCCUCCAUGCGGUAGCCUGCGCAGCUGGCGGUAUUGUGUGAUUAAAGUUUUGGUGGCGGAGGCGCGAUCCAAAAAAAGGGAGUGGGGACGAGGCGUUUGAAAUACUAUUUCUCGCGGCUUCGCCGCUCGUGGCGGCUCCACAGCCAACUCUCACUCGACUGGUACAGCGGCUCCGCCGCCAAAUCUCCCUCGCCUAGUACACAAUACCGCCAGCUACGCAGGCUACCGAUGCGGAAAUUAAUGUCCUUCAGCGAUUUUUAGACAGAUGCUAUAAGUUACGCUUUAUAUCUACUCAGUUAAAUAUUAGAUCAUUACUACAAAACAAGAUAAAGCGAUUUUUCAAAAAGGUAAACAGCAUAAUAACCACCCUCUGAAGGUGUGCUUACCGCAAGAAAAGAACAAUCUAAUCUUCGACGUAAAAGCUUCCAAAGGCCAAGAUAAACACCGAACGUUAUAAAUAGAUUAAUUUUUAAACACAUCCUUUCAUGAUAUUUUAUGUCAGAAAUGUGGAACUAUUUUUUUGUAUUUUUUAAUCUUUUUAUUCUAUUGUAAUUUAGGUGAACUUUUAAUCUUUUUAUCCUGUAACAUUGUAUAUGUAUUUUUAUUUAAUGAGCAAUAAAGACAUUUAUUAUUAGUCCAACGAACUGCGCGGAUGACAGCGAUGCUCUAGACUUCUGCAACACACUCUCUGAAUUAAUAAAGAAGCUACCUGGACAUAACCUUAAAUCAUAUGUGGUAAUAUUUGAAUGCGUAAAUCAGUCCCUUAGACUGUAAUGGGUUUAGCUUUGGAAAAAAGACGUUUAUGUUGGAUAUGGCUACUGCAUGUGGGCUUAUAAUUUAAAACACACGCUUCCAAAAGAGCUUCAAAAGUUGUGGAUGUUCAUGUACCCAAAUGGUUGCAAAGCCAAACUUGAUUAUAUACUGGUAAACAGGAAAUAGUGGGACAGUGUCUCAAAGACUAUCAGGCAUAUGACCCUCUCAGUACAGUAUAUUCCGGCCAUAAAAUUGUCGUAACUAAACUACGCCUCAGUUUGCUAAGCUAGCCAAUGGGAAAACAACUGCCAAACGUACCAGUUUCGACUGGCAUUGUUUUAGCACCGGCCAUUCCGUAAGAGAGGCUUAUACUGUGGAAGUUAAGAAUCGCUUUGAGGCCCUGUACGAGCUUGAGGAAAAACACACUGUGAACGAUCUGUAUACUACGAUGAUCGAGGCCCAAAUGGAUGCAGCUGAGAAGUGUAUUCCUAAGAAAGGAAGGAAAACGUGUUUUGUGACGUCAAUGAUGAAGAAAUGUCACGUGUUAUUUGAAAUCACGUUUUACGCGUUUUUUUCAUUAAGCCACAGUUUUAGUUCGCUUUUCAGGAUCACUGAUUGAAGCAAACCGGUUUAAAUAGCAUUUUACAAAAUAUGCAUAUUUAAUUAGGUAGUCAGAGAUGCAGCAUUUGAUUUUGCAAAUUGACACUUGGACAGAAGGAGCGAAAACACCACGACUGGUUUGAAAACAACAACGAAGAAAACGCAUGCCUUCUGAAGCAAAAGCAGGGAGCAUUUAGCAAUUGGCUUUAGGAAAAGACCUCGACUGCCAGGCACGAUCGUCUCAAUUAAACAAGCACCUCAGGAACAAAGUCCAGACUGGGCUGAGACAGAUGAAGGAUACCUGGUGGCAACACAAGGCUGCAGAACUGCAGCAAUACUCAGACGAGCACAACUUUAAGAGGUUCUUCGAGGGCUCGAAGACUGUAUAUAUGGCCCCUCUUUCAAUUUCAUCCUGUCCCAUAUUCGGCUGGAACCCUGCUUACAGCGAAGUCUGAUAUCGUUCAAAGUUGGUGAAAAAUCUUUAGCCAACUUCUCAACAAAUCGACCAGUAAGCAAUCCAAGAUAUACUUCAUCGCCCGGUUCUAAGCUCUCUUGACGAUCCCCCAACACUGGAGGAAACCCAGAAAAAAAAUAAGCAGCUCCAGGCUGGGAAAGCACCUGUUCCUGAUGAGAUACCUCUGUAACGACCUCAAGGACACCAAAGCCAUCCACCUGUACAAGAACAAAGAUGACAGAGCAUCGUGUGACAGCCACAGAGGCAUCUCGCCGUUGAGUAUUCCAGGAAAUCUCAUGGAACUCAUCAUACUGAGCUGUAUCACACACGACCUCUUGGAUGAUUUCUUGUCCGAGAGUCAGUGUGCCUUCAGGAGAAACGGAGGGACAAUCGACAUGAUAUUCGCCGUAGGAAAGAUCAAGAAAAAUGCCGCGAGCAGAAUCAGAGCCUAGGUACAUCCUCUUUGUGCACCUGACCAAGGCCUUUGAUACAGUCGGCAGGUGGUUUGGACACGCACCUCCCGAAGAUGGUCUUCUUCUCUGAGGUGGCCAGCGGUACACGUAGCAUUGGACACCCACUAAAGAGGUUCAAAGAAUCCCUGAAACAAAAAACUGAAUCGAAUCCCACUGUCCGAUGGGAAACCUUCGCCACAGACCGCAACGUCUGAAGAAUGGCCGUUCACAAGGGCGUUCAAGGCUUUGAAAAGAGCAGCUGAAUGAUCUCGAUGAGAUAUCUCGGCUCGCCGAGUUCUAGUUGCGCAAAAGCUGAGUCUUAGCGAUUAAGUCGAUCUGUAAGAUUUCUUCGAGUUCAUUAAGCUAGACCAUUAUUUAUUUUUUUGUUAAUUUCCCUAAGGAUGUGGAGUGGAAAGUAACGGAAAAAGACUGGCUACUAAGCAGCCAAGCGGCAACAGGAAAAAGUCAAGCGAAUCCUUCACCCGCCAUGCCACCCGUAAUCGAAAGCACACACGAGGAUCUCAGCAGUGAUGAAGAAGACGCGGAGGAGAACUUUCGAGCCAAACAACUCUUUUCAUUUGCUUGGCAAAUUGCUAAAGGAAUGGUAAUUACUAUAUGAUUAUUUUCUGAGAAACGUUGCUUCCAUUCAGGUUUUGUUUUCAGAUAUCCUUCAAAGAUCGUUAUCAAAGACUAUUCCACAAGCAAGAAAUAAAGGAUAAAUAAGUUAAUUUUCUAGAUGAUUAAUGGUUUUUAGAGGAGAAUUUGUCAUGGUCGAUCGAACCAAAUUCGGCAUGUUUUGUCUGAACUUGAAUCAUUUAGAUCAGUUCAGUCGUGAUAUUUUACUUUUGAUUAUUGGCUCCUAUAAUUUUCACGCCUUUACCCAUGCCUUUUUAGGCAAUAGUAGCUCCGUAACUGAAGUUUUAUAUGGUACUUAUUUUCAUUUUUUCUCUUUCCUUCUUAAAAUUAGAAUCAUCUGGCCGAAAACAAUCUUGUUCACAGAGACCUUGCUGCCCGUAAUGUUCUUGUUGGCCAUGACAACCAAAUCAAAGUGUCAGACUUUGGGUUGAUGAGACAAAUCUAUGAAGAUGUCAGAAGCUCAGCGAAGUCCAAAAAACUUCCUGUAAAAUGGAUGGCCCCCGAAGCACUUUAUCAAGGCCUUUACACCACCAAAAGUGAUGUGUGAGUAUAAAAAAUCCCACUCUUUUAAACACAUUUCGAUAAAUUCUGCUCAGAAAACCUUAGUCAGCUUCCCUAAAAGUCGUGAUCAGCGUGUUUAUUUCAAACCGAUCUAGGAAUUUCAGUGGUUAUAGUGGCUGAUUUCGUACUUGUCAAUAUAAUUUCGACUCGGGACUACAUAGUUUGCAUAUAAGUCCUGAGCGAGAGCGGCGUCUGCUGAAUUCGUAAUUCGGAGUGUAUGCAAAGAUCAUUUAGUUAUGAUUAUGAGGCAGACCCGUCACCUAAAUUGGUAUUCUUUUCCGAUCCCUACUCUAUUAACCUUGCUAGGCCAUUGGCUAAGGGCUUUGAGCAACUGAGGCCUGGUGUCAUAGGGUUCAGUCAAGGGCGAAGGCAUGGAAAGGUGGAGAUGCGCCCUUUUGCCUUAAGUUCACCAAGUAAAAAGAAGAGAGGAAAAGUAAUGUUAAUGCAGUGGGAAUAUUCACGACCUCUGUGCUUUUCUCUAUAGUUGGUCUUUUGGUGUUGUUCUUUGGGAGAUGGCUACAUUGGGUGAGUAGACCGUCACACACUAAUCAUGUAAACUUCCAAGGGGAGGGGAAUCCCAAGAACUCUCCUCGUCUGUUGCCACGGGGUAUAUGACUUGAAUUGUGCGACUGAUAUCAAAGGACGACACUGGGACUUAAAGAGUGAGUCCUUAUUAAAUAAGGUUAUUGUUACCAGGAAACAGGCUGAUACCUGAUGACUUUUAUUUGUGGCAAGCUAGGCACUUUUGUUUUGAACUAGGCUCUAUGUCUGAUAAGUGAUAAUCGGCAUCAAAUAUGCACGCAUUAGUUGUUUUCUGGAAAGAGGAGCCUUAUUACUAAACACCCUGUUUUCUUUGGAGACACAUUUCAAUGCAAUUCUGACCCCUGCUCAAUCACUAUUCUAUUGCAAGACGCCAUUAUUGAGUACGGGGGAAUGAAGAGUCGUCGACAUUGACAUUUACAGGAGAAAGCUAUCCAGGGGAAUGAGCCGUAUUUUAAAAUAAUAACAUGUAUAUUUUUUCUUUCGCAUAACGUGAUCAGGAGGCGUACCAUACCCCACGCUGACCAACUCAGAGUUGUAUCGACUGCUUGGCGCUGGUUAUCGCAUGGAAAGGCCUGACAUGUGCUCCGAUGAUGUGUACGUUUCUUGAUCAGAAUCGUCUUAGAACUGACAAAAAGAUUCGAUUUUUCCGUGCGUCUUUUUAGUUAUAAAUAGCCUUGAAAGUUGUAGAGGACAAGUCGGUUUCGAUUUUGACGUUUUCUUUAAUCAAAGUGAUUACUGAACAGACAGACGGCAAAAUCUUAGCUUAAAUAUUUGUUUCAUACAGUAAUAUGAUAGUGUUAUUUAACAGAGAUCGACAGAGCAAGAAUUAGCCUGCGAGCAAGCUCUCCAUUUGGGCGAGGAAAACGAACCGCGCGAGUACGCGCGAGCGGGGGGCCCCUCGCUGUCGUGUUUCCUCUCGCGUGUCGCACGUGCGUGUAGUUGAAGAGAUCCCCCAAAUGGAGAGCUUGCUUGCAGGCUUGGCAAGAAACCGACAAGCCUAAUGAUCCGGCGUGAGUGGCUCCCAGCUGGUCUAAAGGAAACCUCUUCCACUAAAUCGGAAAAACGGUGUCUAUACAUGUAAUAAUGGAUUGGAACUUUGACUAACUUCAAUUGGUUUGUUUUUUUGUUUGUUUUUUUUUUUUUUGUCCAUAACAGAUAUGAGCUGAUGGCUGACUGCUGGAAAGAGGAACCUCGCUCUCGUCCCAGUUUCUAUCAACUGAUCGAAAAACUGGAGGUGAUAAUGGAGAGGGAUGCACCAUACUUGCAUCUAAACGAACACAAUGAAGAUCGUCCAUAUUACAACGUGCCACCUGAAGCUAGUGGUGAUUAA